AUGUAUUUUUCCGAAUCAGUUGCGGUUGAAGUUCUUAUCGAACAAUCGGCCUAUAUAAAAGGCUUGAUAUUGGAGGUAGAUAUUGUUAAGUCACUUAGAAAAGAAUUGAAAGCUUUUCGUGGCCUAUGUUUCGACAUAGAACGUUCUUCUUCUCAGUUACUUGGUGUUCUUGCGGUCACUAUUCCGGCCGUGCAAUAUUUAGCUGUUAAUAACGAUGAUACAUAUACUUACAUAUUAUCAUUUAUAGGAGAAGAGGAGAUGGGAACCUCUAUUUCUACCAUGGAAAUUUACUACUUCACCCAUUUUUUACGGCCACAUAAACAUGAUGAAUAUGGUCAUGAAAAAUUACGGUCAAUGCAUUUUUCUAAGAUGGGUCCAUCCUGGAAAUUUUUUGGUAAUUUUCAAAACAUUGAACAAUUCCUUUUAUAUAUAAAAAUAUUAUUAUUGAUGUUAGUUAACAAAGUUAACUCAUCUGAGCUUGAAGUAUUGAGACCGUGUAUUACUGUUUUAGAGGCUGAGAACACUAAGAUUAAAGUCAAGAAAGUUGAACUUGAAGCUAGUGAUAUUGAGCAUCUAAAGCAAGUUAUAGAAGACAAUGCUAAGCUUAAGUUCAGAAUCAAGGAGUUAAAAAAAAAUAAUGAAGUUAUUAGUAAACUUGAGUUCAAAAAUGUUAAAGUUAGAGUUACAAAAUUGGAAGAGGAUUACAGGUUUUUGCAAAAUGAUAAUAUUAUCAUAAUAUCUUGUUCUAUCAACAAUAGUUCAUCUAAUUUCAAUUCUGAUAAAUUAUUACCAAAAGAACUGAUACUAGAGGUUUUACUUUUUAGCUCCAAGUCAUCAAAAGAAAUGAAGUUUCUUCCAACAUAUCCCAAAGAGAAGAAGCCUCAAAAGCUUAACUUAGUUAUUCAACCAUACAAUAGUUUGAUAUUUGAAGUUAAUGAAAAUAUCGAUCUAGAUUCACUCAAGUAUCCUAUCUCUAAUCCAAUGUUUCAUAAUCAAAAAAUAGUUACCUGA